UAAUUUUCCUGUGGUUUUCCAUAUUACUACUUUGUGGUUUUCAUAUCUUCUCAACGAUUAUUUGUGAGUGAAUGUUCAGUUGUGUCAGUAUUAUUGACAUAAGUUCAUAAUCUGCUGCGUGGAAAUUGUGAGGCAUUCGAAGAACAGUAAGAAAGCUCCGAAUUUACCACCGAUUUUCAAAGAUGGGAGGCGGAGACCUUAAUUUGAAGAAGUCAUGGCAUCCUUCUACAAUGAAAAAUAUGGAAAAGGUGUGGAAAGCGGAGCAGCAGAACAGCCAGGAAAAGAAAAGAAUAGCGGAGUUAAAGCGUGAGAUUGAGAUGGAGAAAGAUCGAGAAGAUAUGACAAAAUAUGCCAUGGACCAAGGCGUAAUUGAGAAAAAAGAGGAUAAAAAAUUAGACUGGAUGUAUCAGGGGCCUAAUCAAAUGUUAAAUCGGGAAGAUUAUCUGUUAGGACGCGCUAUCGAUAAACCAUUUGAACAGAUGGCUCAGGCUGAGAAAGAAGCGGAGCAAAAUCGUGCACCCAAAAAUCAUGUAGAAUAUGAAUGCAUACCACCAUCACUAAGAUUCUUUUCGGGCAAUGAACAAGUGGAUUUAGCCAGAAAAUUACAAGAAGAUCCAUUGUAUGCUAUAAAAAAAAAAGAGAUGGAAAGUCGGAGUCAGUUGUUGAAAAAUCCUGUUAAACUGAAGCAGCUUAAACAGCUAUUGGAAGAGCAAGCAACAAAAAGUAAGGCUGAAAAAAAGCAUAAAAAAAGGAAAAGCAAGAAGCAAAGUAAGCAUGAUUCUGAAGGUAGCGACAGUGAUAAAGACUUGGACAAUUUAUUAGCUGCAAAGUAUAAUAAGCUUAAAAAUAAAAUAAAUGAAAAAGACCUACUAAUGUCCGUGAAAAAGCUGCAAAAACAAAAGAAGAAAAAGGAGAGUAAAAAGUCGAGCGAUUCUCAAGAAACCAGUGAGGAUGAAGAAAUGGAAAGAAAAACAAACUCAAAAGAUAAAUCGUGGAAGAAACAGCCUAGCAUUGAUGAAAAUGAAUUUAAAAAACGCAGCCAUAAGUCGAGAGUCACUAGCUAUGAUAUUGAAAGAGGACAUGAGCGAGUGGAUCGAAGGAGAUAUAAAAAUAAUAGUUACAGUCACGAGGAAGAGGCCUCAGGGUCUAAGGACAAGCACAAAAGAACGGGUAGUGUUAACGACACUGAAGGAUUCCAAAAAAAUAGACACCAAACCAAACGACGUCGAAAUUCAAAUGACUUUGGUAGGAAAUCCAGCAAGUCUUUAAGGUCAGAAACAAAAAGAUUACACAGUCCUGAAUAUAGCAGUAAUGACGAAGAAGAACACCACAUGAAAUCAAGAGGAAAUUAUGGUCUGAUAAGGUCUGACGGAACUAAAAUUGUACCAUCUGGUAAGUCUAAUCAUUUAGAUACGGUGAAACCGCAUGAAAAAAAAGUGGCAGAGAAACGUUGGGUACCACCUAAGCGAGAAAAGCUGACAGAAGAUGAAAAGGAAAGACGAAGACAAGAAAUGAUGGUCAAUGCGUCAUGGAGAGAUAAGGAACGAGAACAAAAUGUGAAGAGGUAUCGUGAUGAGGAAAAACGGGAAAUUAGUGAUAAAACUUACAACAAAGAAUUCAUCAGAAAACAAUUAGCUGUUGCGGCUGAGGUAGGAACCGUCGAAUCAAGGAUCAAAGCCAAUAUGAAUAAUAUCCAGAGGUCAAGACGAGCAAUGGACACAAACUUUGCGAAAAGAUAAUCCAUUGCAAAAUAUCUUCAAUGAAUACGUAAAGCUUCAACACUGUCCUGUACAUUUAGAGCAGUGGAAAAGCAUCCACCAAUGAGGACAUCAUUGACUACUGCCCGAGCAAGGUAUCCUGUUGUAAUUGUGAAAUGUGCAGAAAAUAACGGAGUCAUGUCUUUGCUCUUAUCUAUAUUCUGGUCCUGAAAUCAGACAUUUGAGGGGAAUAUGAAAAAAUUUCCAAAAUUGGAUUUUUUAACGCAUAAUUGACCUUACACACCUUACAGUACAUGAUGAAUGCAUCUUCAACAAGCUUGUUCAGAUCUAAUUGUUUCUGAAAUUUGAGCUCAGGGUUUCGCAAUAGUAUCGUUGACACAAUAGUCAAAAGCUGUAAGAAAUAUGAACAAUAUAGAAUGCUCACUUUAAUUAAUCUUUGAUUGUGAAUAAAAAUACCUACCUCAACGACCAGCUGGCGAUAUUCCGGUAAUGGAAUAUGAUUGAGAAUAGAUUCAACUAGGAGUGCAAAUGUAAGCUCCGAUCGCGUCAUAUUAAAUAAUGUUGGCUUUUGGGCCAAAUCUCGCCCAUUGACAGUAAUCCCAAAAGGACAACGAACCAGAACUUCCCAUACCUGGUUGUAAAAGUUUGCAGGCACUCUGCACAGGCAUCCUUCAAUCUUCCUUCUACCUAAUAUGCUCAAACUGAAAUAAAAUGUGCAAUACGCAAUAAUGCAUGGCACAAAAUAAUUAACUGUUUCUAAACAAAUCUGAACUUACUUCUGUGUAACUGCCCAAUCCUUGAUGGUCAGCACUUUCAUCAAGAAUCGUCUAACUUCGUAGGGGCUAUAGUUCUCAAUGGGUUUUGGGUUCUUUCCAAACAUUUGCACAUAGAGUUUGACAGCUUCUAGCACCCAACUAUGUAUUUUAAAUUUGAUAUCUGUUAGCUAUAUUUUCGGUCAACUACUUCAAGUGUCAUAUUCAAAUGUUGUACUUUACCCAACACGUAUUUUAAGAAUGCCUUUAAACAUUUCUGGAUUGGUGCCGAUAAGUCUACCGCAAUAAAGUAGAACCUCCUGUUGAAGGACAGCUUGAAUUAUGUCAUGAGGUUGAAUCGUAGAAUACAUAACGGACUGGAUCUCAGCAGGAGUCAUUGGUUUAUCGAA